AUGCCUUCCAGAGACGGUAGCAAGGCUUCAAGCUCUCAGGUGCCUUUGUAUUUGUGGGGAGGUUCCGAGGUGUACAAGAAGAGGUUUGUGGCCAACCUGCGCCGCGUUACAAAUGAAGAUCAAUUCCAGAGGUGGCGCGCUGCUUAUGCUUCUGCAAUUCUUGAGGAUGUGCAUAUCAAGCUGGCGAAGCCUUUGACUGACAACAUGCCUUGCGUGGAUGCGAAUGAUCCAAAUGCGAGAAUCAUCACCUUCCGUCCCUUUUACUUCUCCUUGGGCUUCAAAUUCCCGUUGUCGAAGCUCUUCAAGGAGGUGUUUUGCGCCAUGGGGUGUGCUCCGAGCCAGUGUACUCCCAAUGUUUAUCGGGCGAUCAUGUGCUUCGAGAAUCUAAGCCGUUUCUUCACAUUGGAGCUAACAGUUCUUAGCCAAGGAGAUCACGUGUGGCAUGAUGAUGUGUUGGAAGUCAGCGGACGGUGGGAAGGCGAUGUUGGUGAUGGUCCACUUGUUCCCAUCAUCUACUGCAAUUCGAAUGACAUCAGCAAGAAAUUGGAGCUUGAGCCUGACAUGGCUAAGGACCGCCGCGCUUUGAACAUCCCCCAAAAGUUCCGUGAGUGGCGUUGGCUGUUGAGCGAGUAUCGGGAGGAGGAUGGUGGUCUGCCCCCAGCCGAGGAUGUCGAAAGAUGGAAGCAGAAUGGUCCGGACCCUGAUGAUCUGAAGGCUGAAGUCAAGUCUCCGAGAACUCAAGCUACCUCUCCACGGGCGAGGAACGUGUCUCCAUUGAGGAAGAAGCCAAAGCUCCAUUCUGUUGAGAAGAUCCAAGUAGGAGUUGUUCCCGCCUCAUCUGCCAGGGUCAAGCAUCUUGUUGGUGCAGACAACAAGAAGAUUGGCGGUAUGCGCAACAUAAGGGGUGCUCCCCUUAAGCCUCUUGCUGACGAGCUUGGAGAUCAUGAUCUGCUCCGCGAAGUGGUCCGUGCGCGAUCUAGCUCACCUGUUGAAAGACAAAGAGAUGCGGAUGUUCCUCCCCGAAGUUUGGGUCGUUUGCACCAGUCGAAGAGUGGAGGUCGAUGUGGGAGGUCUACUCAUUCAUCCAACCGUCAUGAUCCAACUGUUGAGUCACGAGCAGUCAAGUGUGGAGUUGAUUCGACGUUGCAAAUUCCUUUGGAAGUGAGGUUGGCGGAGGCUAGGAAAGCAAGAGAGUCAUCUGCCCGAACGAAAGGUCCUUCUGCAACGUCAGCGGUUGAUCCAAAGGUGGACAAAUCUAGCCCUGCAGGGGAUGCAGGCGUUGGCGAUCUUGGUGCUUUCUCAAGUCUUUCCUUGGAAAAACAAAGGGAAGCGACACUUCAUCUACUUCAAAAGGGAGUAGUUUUUGCUGCUGAGACCAUUCGAAACUCGUCUGCUGUUGCCCCCUCUUCUGCUAAGCUUAGCGAGUUGGAGAAGAAGAAUGUCGAGUUAGUUAGCAAACUUUCCGCCGAGCAGACCCGUUAUGAGCAGAAGACGUCUGAUUUGCGGGCGAUGAUAUCUGAGUUGAAGAGUUCCCUUGCUGAGAAGAAUUCCGAGCUUAACUCUUCUGCUGCUGACUUGGCAAGUCGAAAAGAUGCUUACUUCCACCUUGAGCGCAAGAAUGCCGACAUCUCUCAUAGCUAUGACAAGCUUUUGGCUAGAUUUCACGUCUAUCAUGAGUCUACUGAGGAAUCCAAGUCCGAAGUUGCCAUGGACGCGUACAAGUUGGGCUACUUGGACUGCACAAAAGGAUAUGAUCCCUUCUACGCCAUUGGAGAUGAAGAGAUCGAGAUGCUCUAUCCAGACUUGCCUCCUGCGAAAAGUGAGGAGGCUAAUGCUGUGAACACUGAAGGAGCUGACGAGCAGGUGGCUAAAGAGGCGGUAACUGAGGAGGAUGGAGCAGAGGAGGAUGCAGCCGAUGAGGUGGUGGCAGACGUCAUAGAUCAGGCAUGUGGAGCUGCUGAAAGCGUGGCUGAUCAGGCGGACGCUGAAGAGGCUGUAGAUCAGGGAUCUCCUGCUGGUGUUUCGGAGUAG